AUGUCACUCGUGUGUGUUGGUGUGUGUCGGCUGCUUGGGCGACCAUGGUAACGCUCUAUUGUUAUAGCAGUACACGUAAACUGCAUGCAGAUUGCGGCUAUGCGAAUGUACACGAUCCCGUGAAUUUACAUAUGCACGAAACUCAAUUCAACGUGAAUUUAAACCGGGCAAACUACGAGUAACAUAGGAAUAUCAUACUUCAUGGGCAAUAUAUGAACCGAGGAAACAAGAAGGAAAAUAACCAAAAUGACGGAGGUACUUUCAGAACUGGUUUCAGAUGCCAAACGACACAAGUUUUCAACGAUUCCCAAACUCUCCGAUGAUGAUAUUGUGAGUGUUUGGGAAAAUGUUGCGAACUUUGUGGAACGGCACAUGGCCCAACAAAAGGGAGUUCAAAUCCAUGCUCUUGGAACAUUCACCUUUACCCAGAAGAAGAUCGAUAUUGGAAAUAAUAAAUUUAUCCUCAUCCAGAGGCCUGUCUUUGUACUCUCAGAGAAGUUUGCCCAGACACAUGGACUCAGCUACACUAAACAUUUCACCUCAGGUCAAGUCCCUAUCGUUCAACUCAACUUUGCAACACUUUCCAACGAGAGCCCCUUUGAUCGCGACACUGUAGAGGGAUGUGUUCGCGAAGUUCUUCAGGCGCUUUCUCGUUGCGUUCAGUCUAAGAAGAAUGUAGAAUUCACCUUUACCGGUAUCGGACGUCUGACUAUUCGUGAUAGCAAAGUCAAGAUGAAGUUUUAUAAGGAUUUCCUCAAUAUGAUGGAUGGUUCAGGCCGUCUAGUUGAAGCUCUCAGAAAUCGGCCUGAUACAGCAGACUCUGUGCUAUCGAGGGCCAGUGUUUUCAGACCAGCCACAGGUGGUACAGUUGUUCUACCAAAAAUCACCCAGGGUGCAGGCAAGGAUGGAUUCAGUUUUGAGAAUGAGGAUAAAGAGCGUCAGAUGCCCGCCAUUGAAGAGGUCAGAGAGGUUGAAGAACGUGGAGAGUCGCGCCUUGGUGACGCCCCGGAACAGGAAGAUGAGGGGCUUGGGAGAGAACUAGAAGAUGAAGCUCCCAAGAAACCGGCCACACUGGUGCGGCCCUCAUCCCGGCAACUAAUCCCCACGGCCAAGGCAACCAGCUUAAGCCUCCUAGAUGACCUUGCCCCGUCCCCACCCCCUCAACCCAGAGGGCUAAAAAGCACCCCGUCACCCCCUCCAGGCAAGCCCCCAUCCCCCAAGGGGGAACUCCCCCCUCCACGCUCCCCUGCAGAGAUCCGUGAAUCCCUCGCAAAUGAAGCAGAGGCGAUGGAGAGGUCAAGAUCCGCCACUUGCUCGCAUGCCCAUGAGAAAGCAGGGCAGGAACUGUGCUAUCUCUGCCACCAGAGGGCGGUGCGCAAUGUACCUGUAUCGUUUGAGGUUGAGAGGAAGAGGAAGGAACAGGAGCAAGAUCGAUUGUUGCAACAGUUUCAGCAUUUGAAAGACACAGAGUCUAUUCUUAGAGAUCAGGCUCAGAAUAUGUCUAACAAGCAUCAUUCCCAGAAGAUAGCAGCCUUUAACCUUGGUGUUAGUGAGGCAAUUAAGAACAAGCAGAAGGAAAGAUCCACUGAAUUUCAUAGAUCAUACGUAUUCCAGAACCGCGCCCGCACUCCGCCCCGCUUCCUGAAGCAGGAGGAGUAUGCCACCCAUCUUGGAUCUCAGGUAGAAGCUAAAGCCGUGGACAGGGUCAAGCGCAAGCAAGACACAGACUUCCUGGAGAGGCUAGAACAAGUGCAACUGGCAGAGGAGCUUUCAGCACAGAGAGAAAGAUACCUCAGAGAUAAGAUGGAACAAACCGAUAUGUACAAGAGGGCACUUUCAGCUCAGGUGCGUUUCAAGCCUCUACCAUUGCCAGGGGCAGUACCCGACUCUAAGGAGCCUAUCUUUGGCAAGUUUGACGCCACCAACGAGCAGCUUGCCGAGCGGAGGCGGCGAGCCAUUGAGGUCUUUCAGGAGCAGAUCUCGGCGGUAGAGAAUAGGCGAAAGACCGGCCUGUCUAACCACGUCAAGACCCAGAAUGAAGAGACUGACAUGCUGGAGAAGACUCGUAGAGAAUUGAUCGCUGACCGUGCGGCUCGCUUUGAUCAGGCUUUCCAGACGAGGAAAUCCCUGGAGGAUACGUGGAAGGAGGCGACGGCCCUCAAGAAGAGUCGGGAGGAGGAGCAGAUGCUCAAACUCCAGAGCCCCGGCAUCCUUCUCCACGAGCAGUGCGACCAGUACCACCGAUGUGAACAGUGCCUACGAACGCUCAAGAACUGCGGCGAAUCUAACAUAUGGAGUGAAUCCAGAUACAUCCCUGGCUCUCGGCUAAUUAUGUAGUAAUAUUUGGUAGAUUCCGUAACAAAAAUAAUGAAAUGAUCCUCUUUAUUGCUGUGUAAUGAUACUCAUUCCAUAAAAAAAAAAAAGCACAUCUAAAUGAUUUGAUUUAUAAGCACACACACACAAUAUAAAGAUCAUAGUGAAUUGAACUGAUAAUGGGAUAAUCAGGAAAUGAUAAAUUGAUAAUACAGUGAUAUGAAUAAUGCUAAAAUUUAUAAUUUGAAAAUGAUAGAUUAAUUCUUUAGUGAUAUGAAUAUAAAAAGUAAAAGGUAAAGUUUUGUCACAGAUUUUUAUUUAAAAAAGAGGGAAAGUUGGAUGUAGCACAUUUCGGGAUCAUGCACACCAUAUUUUGUAUCAAUAUUUGUUGUGAUUUCACAUUAAGUUAAGUGUUUAUAUUCUCUUAAUUUGAAUUGGACAUAUUACAUUGAAAUAGAAGUGCUAUAUAAAUAUGAAUAAAAUGUUAAAUUGUACAAAUGUAGAGCUGGAACUCUCAUUCCUUAUUGAGUAUGAGAUAUGUUCUUCUAUGCAAGUAGUUAUGAAUUAGGAAAACAAAUAUUUAGAUUUGAAUAUCAACAUGCCUUGAUCUGUUUCCAUGGUCAGUCUUUUUUCUUGUACCUUGAAAGGUACCUUUCAAAAUGCUGGCGUUGAAUUUUGCUAGAUGCCUGGAUAGAGAUGGCAGUUCUAUGCAAAAUAACUUCCAAGUGUCUUAAAAAAAACUGAAAUGGUUGAUAUUGUUGGACUAUGCAUAUAUAUGGAUAGAAAGCCAAUACUUUCACAGAACAAAUAAAAUGUGAACAAAGAGUGUGUGCCAUCUUUAAACAAAUUAGAGUGGUUAUUUUCAGAUGAAACAUUGAAAUGAAAUAUAUAUAUAUGAGUUAUUAUGUGAUAUUAUAUGAAAUUAUGCAGUAAUAAAUUAAUUAUCCAUAGUAGUGUGUAUUUGAAAGUAUGCUUCUUAUAAAUUUGAUUAUGAAUGGAAAGAGUGUUCAUCUUGGCUACAAAAUCAUGCAUUCAGAUUGUAAUUGUUAUUGGUAACAUUUAUUUAAGGAAAAUGAGGCAAUUUUUUUUUCUUCACCUUAUAGAUUUUUUGUAAAAAGAGGCUUCUUUUAUCUGGUCAGUAUAGUGUAAGAAAAUAUAUUUCUGAAGAAGUGAAUAUAACUGGCAUGUUUCUUGAAUACAAAGAGAUACGAUCAAUAUUUGCAAUCAAUUGUAACUUAUAGUACAUGGUUUUCCUUUGCCUUAAAUUUAGAUUUGAUCAUACAUCAAUUGCAUUAGUUUCAUAACAGGGUCGCUGGGGGUGUUGCAAGAAAUAUUUGCUAUCAAAUUUUACAUUUCUGAUGCCAAUUUACAAUUGAUAUUAUCAGUUGUAACCAGAGCAAAUUGUUUUUUACUGCUUGAUGCAAGAAGCAGACUAGCAAUCAAGUGCAACAUUUGCAAUUAAUUGCCAGACUUGUGAUUGAUAUUGAUCCAAAUUGACUUGCAAUCGAUUGCAAGUCUCUUGCAACGCUCCAGUAGUCUUGUUAGGACAUUGAUGUAAAAAAAAUACUACUAUCUAUUUUGUAUGUUCAGUAUAAAACUUUGAGUUGUGAAGAUCCAGUGCACAUGCUAUUAUUCAAUUCAUAUGGAGGAUACCUCUUAUUAUUUUGGAACUUUGCUAUAUCUUGUUGAAUCUGUUAAACAAUGGCUCCAGAAAUUUCUUUACUUCUGUAUAGUACUAGAAAUGGGGCAUGUAUUCAAUGGGUUGAAUAUAUAGCUCUUUGCAAAGUUAUGUUAAAGUUUUUAUCAAAAAUUUCAACUAUUUCCAGGAAGUCUUUAACAUUACAUUCUAUUGUCCAUGAUGGACAAAUAAAUAAUUAACAAAUCAGAAUAAAAUCAGAGGAGCUGAGGUAUUUGUUUUACAGCUUUGGACCAGGAGUGGCUUGGUGGUUGGGUUCUAGUGGUACAGGAGAUCACCGGUUCAAAUCUCACAGAUUCCAACAUUCUUUCUGAUUUUGUUCUUACAUGAUCUCAUAUUACUGGGUUCCUGUAAUGGAUUUACAUAUAAAUCUUUGGAAAAUUUUCACUAGAUGAAAUGACCUAUUUUUCAAAUAAUUAAAGUUUGGUGUCUUUUAAUCUGUCAGCUUUACUUGAUAUGUACUUGUACACUUAGGAAUAUUUUGUUGAUUGAAAAUUAUCAACAUUUCACUUUGCAAUAUAUGUUACAUAUAUUUAAGUUGUAUAUGAAUCUGUUUCAAGAAAGGUUGAUACACUGCGGCUCGGGUAUUUGUGAAAGUGUAUCUCCUUGGCAGCAUAAUUGGUAGAAGAACAAAGCAUCCUGAAACUGCACUCUCCUCAUAUUGUUCUGGGAGUGGUAUUUGAAGGUUUUUUUGUCCUUUCUUGCAUCCGAAAAGCUCAUCAAGUUAUUAGCAUUUAUGUGUUGUUGUGUUCAGGAUAGUGGGUCAUUAAUAACGUCACGGAUAAGCCUUUACAUCAUUUGGAAAAAUGCCAAACGUAAUCGCGCUACACCCACUUGUAACGUUUUUCAUGUGGAGCAAUAUUAAUCACCUAUGUUACAACACUGAAAGGGAUUUAGAAAUAGAAUCUGGGCAUAGUACUUAUGCCUUUUUGGCAUUGAAUAUAGGUUCCCAGGCAGGUUGGGAAUGAUUUAUUGUACUUUUGUAAUGUACACAUCAUGUAUUAUUCAUACUAAUGAUUAGAAGAUUGUGAUCAUGACGGUGAGAAACAAUGUUAUCCAGUAAAUAGAUUGUCAACACAUAAGUACAUUUAUUUUCUAAAAUGUGAAAUAAUGACUCAAAUUCUAAAUUGGAAUAUGGUAAAUUUAGAUGUUGUGUCUAAUGUUGCUGCAUUUGAAAAAAGUGUUUUUCCGUCCAUUUCAGUGCAUUCAAUAUCGUAAGUGAAAAAGCAGUAGAUAUAUCAUUCGUUAAUUUCCAUUGGAUCUGCGCAUUAAACAGAUGAUAUUUGAUUCCAAUUUAUUUUUCUUUCUUUUGGUUGCACUUUUUCCUAUUUAACAACUCACUAGACUACACGUGUGCAGAAAAUUCCACAUAUAUAUUCUAUUGUUUUUACAUUCCAGUGUUAUUUUUACUGUGCUUUUACUAUUGCUUCAAAAAUGACAGGUUUACACAAAAUAUGGAGCAUUCAGAAUUUGACCCGCCCCAAAAAUGUAUGCAUUUAUGUAUAAUAUGUAUUUUUAAUUGGGAAAGUAAACAUACAUUCUAAUUAUUGUAUAUUUUCCUUGAGUAAUAUUUCAAAUACAGAAGCGAGCUAUGAUAAGAACACAAAAGAUCAAAUCUAUAUCUGCAUUUUAGUUGCAAUGAUAUUAUUUUCUUGUAAAUAUCAUAUUUCUUUACUUAUGUUUAUCACUGUUAAUAUUUAUGUCGCUAUUAAAUGCCUAUGGACUUGUGUCACUAUAA